UUCACGAAAAUUUAGAUUUUUUUUCUUCUUUAUUACGCUUGGAACCGCUUAGCCAUCGUAUGAAAAAUCAGCAGUUUGUUGCACCUAUAAGUUCAGCGCGUGUCACUUACGUGUGUAUCACUUGCUUAAAGUCCAUCGAUUCAUAAGCCUGCAUUACUUGGCUACCGUUUUUGUACUUAGUUUCCAUCAUGACCAUCAAGUUCAAUGAAAACAAUCAUCCUUUCGUAGAUCUUGGUGGUGGCUUCGGAAUAUGUAUCAAUCGAGCGGCCUACGAAGAAGACAAACAGACGAGGCUACGCAAUGACCUUCCGGAGGAUACGGUGAAGGCUCUGGCAGAAUUUCGUCAACUCGCUGAAUCAAAACGGAACUUGAACUUGGUGGUUGAUCAAAGCAAUUGGACGGUGAUGGUAUACCUAAAGUGCUACGAAAACGAUGCGAAACAGUCGUUCGCCUUGAUCGACUAUGGCUAUCGCUUACUGUUCAAAGAACGCGACUACUCGAUACCCUAUGCGCAGAUUCGGCACGUUUUCGAGGAAGGACUGAUUCGCUACCUACCAGAGUGUGACGACGAUGGAGCAGUGAUCUGUGUAGUGGAAAUGGGCCGGCGCUGGAACCCGUCCAAAAUAUCGUUGAAUGAAUUCAUCGCCGCAAUACGUCUCAGCGGGAUAGCCACGAUGCUGAACCCGGAGGCGCAGAAGAACGGCUACCGGGUUAUUUUCGACGUGGAAGGAUUAUCAAUGAGUCACAUAUCUCACUUUACACCGAAAAGCUCCCAUUUUUUGUUCGACUUGAUCGAAAAUUGCACUCCGAUCGUGAUUAAAGGAAUGCACACCGUCUACAACAGCAUGCUGUAUAACGUGCUCUGGGCGAUAUUGAAGCCGUUCAUGAGCAAGGGAAUGCGACAAAAGACUUACAUGCACGGUAAGGACUGGAACUCACUGACAAAGCAUAUCAAUCCACGAUGUUUGCCUUCGAAAUAUGGAGGCACGCUAGCAGCGCCCGACUGUGAUGGGAAGUCAAUGGCAGAAUUUCUGCAGCUUUACGAAGGAUAUUUUGCCGAAUAUAAUUCUUUCGGGUACACGGCUUGUCCAGAUUCCUAGUAACCGUUUGAUGAAUGCCAGCGAAUUCUUUUCGGAAGCGUUAUAUUAGACUGUAAAGAGUUUCACACGAGUAGAUUUAAAAGCAACAAAUUAUUUAUUUAUUAUUCCAUGACAAUAAAACAUAUGCAAAGAACA